GCGUGCUGCUGCCUGCUGCCAGUUCCGUGUUGGCCGCGAGUUUACCAGCAACGCACUGCCUGCACUCGCUCAGUCCAUCGCCGGGUUGCAAUGAUGUGACUCCGUCCGGGUUUUCAGAAAACAAUUUUUUUUUUUGUCUCUAUUGACGGCCCAGAACAGAACGAUGCGAGGGGAUUCAUAACGGGUCACUGUCUGAACAAUAAUGCCUUCAAAGUUGAGUUACACCAGCCUCAAAACUGAGGUGAUAAGGAAAUCACCGUGGCAACCCUGUGUUGGUGCACAGGUAGCAUUGUGACUCUAGAGUGAGAUCUCCUGACCUCUGUGACCUCUGAGUCAAGAUGGCAACGCAGCGAAAGCACCUAGUCCAAGAUUUCAACAGAUACAUCACCUGCUCAAUUUGCCGUGGAUACCUUAUCAAGCCCACUGCUGUCACAGAAUGCCUGCACACCUUUUGUAAAAGUUGUAUUGUUCAGCACUUUGAGGAGAGUAAUGAGUGUCCGGAGUGUGGGAUACAGGUCCAUGAAACCAAUCCUUUAGAGAUGCUGAGGAUAGAUAAGACCCUGGAGGAGAUCAUCUUCAAGCUAGUGCCUGGACUUAGAGAGAAGGAGGAACAACAGGAAAGGGAUUUUUGGAAUAAAAAUAAGACAAAAACAAAUGAAGAUGGUCCCAGGGCUAAGAAAGCUCAUUUGAGUGAUGAAGAGGAAGAUGAUGGAAGGGGUGGAGACUACCACAGGAGUGAUCCUCAGAUCGCUAUUUGUCUGGACUGUCUACGAAACAAUGGCCAAUCAGGAGAAAGCAUAGUAAAGGGUUUAAUGAAGAAAUUCAUCCGUUGCUCCACUCGUGUUACAGUGGGAACUAUUAAGAAGUUUCUCUGUGUAAAAUUGAAGCUGCCAAGCUCAUAUGAGCUCGACGUUCUGUGUAAUGGGGAGAUCAUGGGCAAAGACCACACCUUGGAAUUCAUCUAUCGCACUCGUUGGAGACUACAAGGAGACAGCGCCUAUCCUAUGGUUCUCGAGUACCGUCCACGGAUCGACUUUGGUUAAAUGGCACUAACAGCUUUCUGGAAAUGUCUCCAAUCUUAUGCAGACUGAUGUCAAGAGCCAGACAGUUAAAAAAACACUAAAUAACUGAAUGAUUGUGCCUCUAUUGAAAGACAACAACACAAAGCCCUAUGACUGACAGGACUGCUCUCCUCUUCAUGCGCACUGCUUCAGCCUCUACUCUUAUCCUUCCUCCUUCAUGCACCUGAUUGGCAGUUGUGGCUCCACCCACUGGCACUGUAUCAAGUUUGUUGAUUAUGUUCCACCAAAGCUUUCUCUGCAUGUUGUCUCUAUGACGACGCCUUAGUGUAGGGUGGUCCGUUGGGAUUAUCUGAUAUCAAUCGAGCACAGCCAGUAAGCCAAAACUCAUCUCAAAAGAUACGCCCCAUUCAAGUGACAGUAGAAAGGGAAGAGUGAGGAGAGGUGGAGAAAUAUUUAGGAUGUAGAAGUCUAAGUUACACUCACUAGAAGUAAAGGGGAUUUCAGUGAUAUUAGAUGAUUGUUUUACUAGGUGUUUUUAUCCAGAUUUGCACUAGAGGCAAAUCCAAAUGCCUCGUUGUAUUGUUGCUAUUCUAUCUCUCUCUUUCUUUCCUUUAUAUACUUUUCUCACUUGCUCUCACCACACACAUUGUCCUUCAUAAAUUCAGUAGUGAUUUUUCAUGUCAUCAUUCUCUCUCACACACAUUCACUCUCUUUCUAUGCCUCUUUCCAUCUCACACUCUCAUUUUUCUCCAAUGGUGUUUUUGGCUCUGGUCUGAAGUAUUGAUGGAUCUCAUUCAGUUGUAAUUGAAUGAGAGGGCUAUAGACAGGGGCAUAGAUUCCAGUACUCAAAACAAGGAAGUACAACCCCCCCCCAUUUUUAUACCAUGAUCAAUGGAAGCAUGUAAAUGCUUCAUGCUGCAAACCCCCCCCCCCCCCCAAAUGUUCAAGCCAAAUCUAUGCCCUUGGAUAUAGAUGUCCCAAAAAUAACAGCAGUGAAAGGUACUCUGGGUAAGCAUUUAUGCUUCACACUGAGCUAAGACCAAAUCUUACAUUCUCCCAAACUAGAUAAUGUUAGAAAGGAUAUUACAAUAAGUGAUGCCAGAUAAGCUUAGAGCAGUACUUCACUGAGAAAUAUAAUUUUUGCUUUAUGAAUGGAAAAUGAUUGAGGUGUGCCAGCUGCAUCUCUCUUAGAUCAGCAUUGGCUCACAUUCUGUUGGCUGUAAACAUUCUGUGGUUUGCCUAUUUAAUGAAAACAUAUUUAAAGGAAGUUUCCAAAUUCAGUACAAUUGGAAGCAUUUGUAGCAUAAUGUUGAAUACCACAGAAAAUAAUUUCAACUCGUUACAGUAAGGCACUUACAAUGAAUGUGAAUAGGGCCCGUCCAUCAACAUUAAUAUACACUUUUUCAAAAAUAGAGCCACAAAAUGUAAACAUGCAUGUUAACAUGAUUUUAGCUUGAUAAAACCUCUAUUACUUUAGUGUGAUAAAAUCGCUUACAAGGUUUACCCUGAAGGUUAGUAAGCGAUUUUAUCACACUAAAAUCAUGUAAACAGUUUGUAUUUUAAUGUUUAUGGUCUGGCCUCAUUCACUUCCAUUGCAAGUGCCUCACUGUAACCACCACUUUUUUUUAAUAAACGAGGGACGAGUCGAUGUAAUUUCUUGUGGUAAUCUUAUACUGCAAAUUCAUUAAGGUAUUCCAAUCAAAUCCAUGUCACCAGACUUUCAAAUUCUGAAAACAAGACAGACUUAAUUUUGAUAAUGUUACUUUUACAGUGUAUUUUGACUGUAAGUUUGCAAAAAAGACUACAGUUUCAUAUAUUGAUGCAACAGUGUUUGGUUAAUCACAGUUAUAGAGUAUAAAACGCAUUGUCUUUCAAUUACAGGGGGAAAUAAUGAAAGUAUACAAGCUUCUGAACGUUUCAGGGAAAUAUCUGUGCAGGAUAAAUGCCAGUAAUACAUUUGGUUAGUUCCACUUUUCAACUGGAAGAAAAGUCAAAAUAUGAUAUUUCUCAAUGUGCUGCUCCAUUAAACAGCAUAUACAUAGUCGAGUUAUGGUCAUGUUUCAAGAUAGUUUGUAAUUCAAUCAAGUUGUGUUUUAGUAUAUUUUAGUACAGGAUGUUUUAUUAUUUGAGGAUUAGAUAGUUUGGAAAGGUGAUAACUUAUAAAUGUGUUUACAUGACAAUGUUAAUCUUUAGUGUAUGUGUAGUAGCCUAUGAUAGGAAUAUUACAUUUAAACUCAUAAUUACAACAAUAGGUUAACACCAAACUAAAAGAGUUGCCGAACAGAUUUUAUUAACAUUCCCAGACAUUUAUUUUUUAUUUUUUAAGGAAUGAAUGUUUAUUACUGUACCAAUCCAAUUAUAUUCCACUAAAAUCUUAUUUGAUGGUACUCUGUAUACUGUAGAACAGGAUUAGAAGAAUCAGUCAGUUUGCUGUGGAUCAUGUCAGGGGGUGAAAUGAGGGUUUGUUCAAUGUUUUACACUUCCAUUCAAGAGGAAUAAAGACCAACAUUAACAAUGAGAUUCACUAAUUUGAGAAAGUCAAUGCAAUGCAGUAAGCCAAGUGAGACGGGAUGUCUUGAAAACAAGGUUUUUCUGUGUUUUGUAUGAACCAAAUGUGGAAAUAUAAUCAUCCAGAUGUGUUUUAUGACAGAUUCGAGCUAAAACUUCAUGUCUGAUCAACUACUGCUUUACCAACAUGAUUUUGUGUACUGAAUCUUAAGAAUCCCAGCAUCUGCGCUCUCUUUCAGUUUAGCAGAUUAAUUCUUGACGUUGUUUAGGACAAAGGCCACUGGCUGCUUUCCAAAAUCCAAUUUCCUCCCUGCUAAGAAAACAUGCAAAUCAACUAUAAAGUGUCUUUGAGCUCUGAUUAUAAAUACAAUGUAUUUUUGUAUGUUGAAGCACUUAUGUAUAUUUGAACGUAUAAGCAAAAGAUUUUAUGUCAAUGCUUGUCUUUUUCCUAAUAGAAGAUGCUGCUCGGAGUAAUUUAUUGUUUUUUAUAUGUCCCAAUGCCUGCUAUGUGUUCCCCUUGUAAAUGGUUGCACUGUACAUGAAAAGAAUACUUAUGCUUUUCAUGAUCUCUAUUAUUAUUAUUUAAAUACUGAACAUUAAAAUAUGAAAAAAUGCAA